AUAGAGAAUGCUUCAAAACGCACCGUUUGACAAUCUUUCUCUUCCCGAACUUGUUGAGUCUCCCAUUCCCAACUUACUCUUGUAUUUCCACACUGUUUCACGAUCUGCACAGAGAGAGAGAGAGAGAGAAAUGGAUCCGAAAGCAGUGAAAUCGACGCUGUCGAACUUAGCAUUUGGGAAUGUGAUGGCAGCCGCUGCUCGUGAUUAUCAGAAGGAAUUGCUUUCUCAAGAUAAGGCACAGGCGUCAAGUUCUAUUAACCAGGAGGUCGACCUUGAUGAGUUGAUGGACGAUCCUGAGCUGGAAAAGUUGCAUGCCGAUAGGAUUGCGGCUCUCAAGAAAGAAGCUGAAAAGCGAGAAGCAUUAACGAAGCAAGGGCAUGGAGAAUACAGGGAGGUUACUGAGGGUGAUUUCUUGGGCGAAGUUACUGGUAGUGAAAAAGUUAUUUGUCAAUUCUAUCAUCAGGAGUUCUAUCGCUGCAAGAUAAUGGAUAAGCAUUUGAAGUCUCUUGCACCAAGACAUCUUGAUGCGAAGUUCAUCAGCCUGAAUGCAGAGAAUGCACCCUUCUUCGUUGCCAAACUAGGAGUCAAGACUUUGCCUUGUGUCAUAUUGUUUAGAAAAGGAAUUGCAGUAGAUAGGCUGGUUGGGUUUCAAGAUCUGGGAGGAAAAGAUGAUUUCACCACAAAGGCGCUUGAGGUCCUACUAAUAAAGAAAGGUAUUAUAAGUGAGAAUAAAGAAGAUGAAGAUGGCGAAGAUGAUGGAUGCCAUGAAAUUAGGUGCAGAUCAGUGAGAUCCUCUUUCAAUCCUGAUUCUGAUUCCGAGUGAAGAUGGAGCAAUUGGAUCUUUCUAGCUGUAUUCUCAUUUUUAGGCCAUUUGGGUGAGAGAGAGAGAGAGAGGGAGGGAUGGGGGCUGGAUUUGAGACGCUUUUUAAAUGCAUGCUUUUGUUUGUUAUUGUCACUGCUAAACUAAUGUGCAUUUAUCCCAACAGAUUCCUUUUGCACAAGUGAUACUAGAUAGGAACUUCAGGCAUUUACAUGACUGUUGAGUGCCAUGUUUGAGCAGCUUGUUUAACCGACCUAGUCAAUAGUAGAUAAUACUACUUGAUCCA